AUGCACUCGCACAUCCUCACCCCGGCUCUGACGACGCGCAUCCGCGCCCAGCGACUCGCACCGGCCGCGGACCCGUCUGCCGGCGCCUUCCACGCCAACCUCGCCGCGGCUCUCAACGAUCGGCGCGCCGCCCACUCCCUGCGAACCAUUUCAGACAACAACCCUCAACAAAGCAAGAAGAUAGACUUCGCCUCCAAUGACAUCCUCUCCUUCAACGCCACCGGCCAACUUUACCACCAUUUCCUCUCCGAACUCACGACCGCAAACCCCCCCGGCGUAAAUAUAAAUAUAGGCUCCACCGGCUCCCGUCUCCUCGACGGCGACUCCCUCUACCUCUCCCAAACCGAACUACUCAUCGCAACCUUCCACCACGCCGAGACCGGUUUACUCUGUUCCUCCGGGUACGACGCAAACGUGGCCGUGUGGACAGCCAUACCCCGGCCGGGGGAUGUGGUGCUCUACGACGCGCUGGUGCAUGCCAGCACGCAUGCGGGGAUUGCGCGCAGUUUGGCGAUGGAGAAGUUUGAAUUCAAGCAUGGUGAUGUGGAAGACUUUCGGGAGGUGCUGGGUAGGGUGGUUAGGGAGCAGGGCUUGGUCAGGGCGGGGAGGAGGAGUGUGCUGGUGGCGGUGGAGGCGGUGUAUAGCAUGGAUGGGGAUGUGUGUCCGUUGAGGGAGAUGGUGGAGGUUGCGAGGGAGGUUUGUGGUACUGAAGAGUUGAGAGGGAGCGUGCAGUUCGUUGUGGACGAGGCGCAUAGCACAGGCUUGUUGGGGGAGAAGGGGGAAGGGUUGGUCAGCGCGCUGGGGCUGGAGAAAGAGAUCGCGGUAAGGGUGCAUACUUUUGGGAAGUGUAUGGGUGCCAGUGGAGCAAUUGUUCUCGGCAGUUCGCUCAUCAAGACGGCGCUGAUCAACUUUGCCAACUCGGUCAUCUUCACCACGGCGCCGCCCUUCCCGCUGGUGGCUACCAUCCGGGCGUCGUACGCGCUGCUGCAGAGCGAGCAGGGCCAGGCGGCUCGCGAGCGCGUGCAGCAUGUGGUGCGCUUCUUCUACGAGGAGCUGACAUCUCACCCGGCAUGGCACACGGCCCGGGAAAGGGGCCUGCUCUCGGUCCCGCUGGCCGACGACUGGGACAGCCGCGCCUUUCAGUCGCAUAUCUCGACCGUCUGGACGCGCCCGCAGUACAUGUACUGGCUGUACUUCCACCUCCACGCCGAGGGAUACUGCGUCUGGCCCAUUGAGCACCCCGUCGUGCCCAUUGGUCAAAGCCGCAUCAAGGUUUCGUUCCAUGCGGCAAACACGGACGAACAGGUCCAGGGGCUUGUCGACGCCAUCUUCGUUUGGGUUGAGGAAGUGACGGCGAACGAGGAGGGACGGGCCAAUGCGAAGGUUACACACGCGGCAAGUGUCGUGUACGAGUGGAUGAGAAGCGAGGGUCUUGAUGGGUUCGGCAUGGUGUAA